GCUUCCUUCCAGUUUAUGAAUUUCAGUGCAAACUAUUGAUUCUAAUCUAUGCAUGAUGGGGGAAGAGUUGAAAAAUCCCUUUCGUAGAGAAGCGAAAAUGCAGCUGGUAAAGGUUAUGUUUCGCCAUGGCGCUUAUACCCUAUGUGCGUUAGAUAUCUGUCAUCAUAGGCCAACAAAGUGCGAUUUUGUCAGAGUGCGUAUACAAAAUGUACAGUGCACUUCUUGAGUACAGAGUCGCUCGCCUGACCGAAACGAAUAGCUUGCAGCCUCUAUUUACCGUCCGCAUCCAGUGGCUUACCACGGGCAUUUCACGAUUGGUUUGGCGCCAUAACGCCACAUUAUCAUUGUCCAGCUGCCAGCCACUAGAAAUUCAGUUCCGAACAGGUCUCCAUAGCGUGACGUGCAAAAUGAAUGUCAGCAGGAACACACACAUACGACGCUACCAAAAUUGCCUGGCGUGAGUAGACGUCAGUGAGAACUCCUUAAUUAAGGUAGCAAUAACGGAAAUGAAUCGUAUCUCUUGGAGUAGGUGAUCAAGCAAGGACGAUCCGCAAUGCUGGUGGACGGAGCACACAAGGCAGUGGGCGUGAAAGAGAUGGAAAGAACGGAUAGAAAACAGCUCAUUCUGCCAUCAUCCCUCUUCUCUGAGAUUUUUAAACGUAUAAGUCGUGACUUGCGCAGAAUCUGCUCGUAUUCAGGCAUGAAGGACUAUGGACGGAUUGGGAGUGCCUGUCUACAGAGGCUGGUUGUAAUUGGCCAUUGAAAGAAGCAGCUUUGAAAUGACUACCGCCACGUAAGCCAGUCAAAUUCCGUUAGCGACUUAAAGCGUAGCGACUUAUGCGUGGAUCAUUAAGCGUUAUAGAGAUGGUUGUCAGGAACGUCCACUAACACUCUCUUUUAAAGUAUGUAACUUUCCAAUGGAAGACGGUUUGACCAAGACCUAAAAAUGAUAUUCGUGUCAAGCUCAAAGAAGGACACAAUGUGGAGACCAUGAGUUCAUUACUAAUUAACAUUACCACCACUCUGGUGAAUCCCACUGCUGCCACCAAUGACAGCAUUAUGGGUAUGCCCAUCACUGCCUCUACUACCAACACCUCCUCCUACGUGUAUCCUGUCCCCUACGUCGUCGUCCUCUCGGUUGUUCUUUUGAUAGAGAUGCUGGCAGGUGUCUUGAGCAACUUAGCUGUUCUCUUCAGUUACCACGUCAACAAAAAGUUCAUUCGAUCUGUCAGUGAUGUCUUCAUCAUCAACAUGAAUGUGGUGGACAUUAUCAUCUGCUUAGUCUCCAUUCCAGCCACCCUUGUGGCUGUCCUGUCCAACCCGAGCAUCCCGCUGUUCUGUUUCUUCCACGAGGCCACAGUUUCCUUCGCCAGCGUGGCCUCUGCGGUCAACGUCGCCGUCAUCUCCCUCGACCGCUACGACAAGAUCUCCCACCCUCUUGUCAGGAAGUUCACCAUGAGGAACGUCCGCUGGAUCCUGCCUAUCACCUGGCUCCUAUCACUUUUAGGAUUCUGUUCUCCACUUUUCGGAAUAAAUCUGGAAAAGUUCGACCGGGUUCAGAAGAGGUUCGAAUCGGAGGGCCAUCACUGUUUUUACUGGUUCUUCAGCUCCAGAGACAACCAUUUCUACGAGUUGUACUACAUCCCCAUCUUUUUUGUUGCAACCUUUGUCAUGAUCUACGCGUAUUACGGGAUCAUCCGAAUCACACGCGUUAAGACGAUCCACUCUGCCUUAGUCAAAGCAACGGUUAGCAUGAAAGUAGACAAUGACAGGAAGGUUGUUGCGGCCGCUAUCAAUAAUAAAGACCCAGAGAAGCGAGUCUCUAGGACGACGACAAUUAUUAUCUUGACUUUCAUUACCUGCUGGGGACCUCAUGCGCUAGUCAGCAUCGUGAUUGUAGCGAGGGGGUACGCUAGUUCUGGAGAGAUAGCUUUAGACAUGCUAGAGCGAUGGUUGGUUGUUUUGGGCUACACCACUACGUUAAUGCAUCCAAUCCUCUACGUCUUCAUGAGACGGAAUUUUCGGCGUGCCUUUUCCAACAGUUGGUUCGCGCGGUGCGCGGUCAGGCAUCGGGUGGGAGCGGCACGGUCCGCCCCGAGCCAGGACGAGCCUGAGUGCCCGCGGGCCGUGCUGGGGACCAUCGGAAAGAGACAGUCGGACAGGAACCUCGUGGUCAGCACACGGGUGGAGAAAAACUCCAACCUACCCCAGACUUCAACCAAAGCGACCGUACAUGCUCACGUGGUCCGGGAAGAACACUUCCAACUCGCUUCGUCGUCAGGAAUAAGGGAGAACAUUGUAUUGCUGGACAGUGAUCACGUCGACAUGAAGGAACCAAUGACAACCCCCCAUGCCGCUUACGUCAUCAGCCCGCCGGCAAUCGCAGUCAAAGACCCGACCUUCAAAUGUAGCGAUAGUGUCCCCAUCAGCUCCUCAGUUGUGACAGAGAAGCAUAAAAAUGCACAUUUACCAAACGUGGACUAAUUUUCAGUGGGUCCACGCACUCAAAUGCCGUAGGGAAAUCUGACCAUGCAUGAAGCGAUGUUAAUUAGGUAAAAUGUAAUUGACGAUAACGUUUUCAUAAAUUUAUGAUGCUGCCUGCAAAGCGCAUGCAUACCAUAUAGUGACGUUAAAUUUGAGUUGUCUGCGACUCUUGAAAUAAGCGAGUUACAGUUUCUCAGUGUGAGGAAUUCAUUUCUGGUACUGUGGCGAUACUGAGCUCACGCGCGUUCGUAAACUACAGGCGCGUGUGCGUUUUGACAAGUUAUCUGGUUCGUCAGUGACUUCGUCAUAAAGGUAGACGCGCCACGAUUUGCAGGCUCCCAUGUAAACGACAAUCAACGCAUGUAACUCCAUGUGCAGUGCACGUGUGCAGUGGGUGUGGUUUAAACUGAAGUGACGUCACACACUAACGAACUGGAUUGGGCGAAAAACUACAGCUUAUGUCCUUAAAUUUGUUGUAAUUACCCGUGUGGUAACCUUGUUUUAACUUGUUCUAUCAAAAUAACAAAACAUCAGCGUACUAUUGCGUUUUGAGCAUUAAGGUGUGUGUUUUAGUUCUUUUUUCUUAUUAUGCAAAGGAGAUAUAAUGUAAAUUGAAACAGCAUGUUCUGCGAUUUGAAAAGUAUGACUGAUGCCGAUUCCACAUAAGGAAUUGAAAAUGCUGUAGAUGGAAACAUCGUUGAUCACAUCGAACAGUUAUCUCAUUUUGGGAGCACAACCAAGACCUUUAUACCGUAAUUCGCACAAUGAAUGAAUUCCAGUCCUUUUUCAAAUGACUGAGACGCCACAAGCAAACUUUAAUUUCUAUUUUUGGUGUGUAUCAAUUUGAGUGUUUUCCAAACGUGCAGUGCCGUUGAAACAUUUACCGACGCGUUUGCACAGGUUCGCAACCACGCAUCCGGACAAAACUGACGAGAAAAAGUAGGCCUCCUUUGAUGAAUAUAAAGGUAGCCUGGAUUUUUUAUCCGGAUAAAGACAAGGUCGGAUUUCAAGACACGUAUCUCCGUCUUGAUCACGGCCUGCACAGAAAUGCCUUCUGCUUGACAUCGAUUGUGUUUGGAUUGCCCGUUGCCGUGGAAACUUGGCGUAAUUUAUUGGCUGAACGGGCACCAUAAAAGGUACAACAAACAACUUGUGGAUUGAUGGAAGUACGUGCCUCGCAAUUUCAACGAUUUUUCCCCUUAGAAUCCAAGGAGGGGCUGCAAGUUUCGGAUAUAAUUUAAUACGAAAAUGAUUAGUGGAUUUUGAUGAGUUAACAAAUAGCAACACUAAGGACAUGUCGACCAGACUUUAUCUGUUGUGAUAAAUAAUGAUUUGAUUCUGUAAAUCCAUACAAAAUUGACUCGGUCUAAUGGGCAGUCACAAAGUAUAGAAGAUGAACCAAUAGAUGUGUACAGUACAAGCAGACAUCGGGAGUUAAGCGUACAUGUAAAUGAUAAAAUGUGCAGUUAUUGGAAUAGGUUAAUCAGGUAAGAGAUGGAAUGCUCGAAAACAUUAAUUCUCGUCUGUCACCAAAUGAAACUGGUCUGUGCAUUGCAUGAACGUGGCACUACCAUUAUCUGUGUUUUCUAUACAACUUUUUAGUGACUCCCAAAUAAAUCGAGGAAUGUGUCUACAUGAAGAAAACCUUUGCAUUGGGCCGGUGAGGCUUAUGUCUAUUCAGACAUGCCCGCCCGUGUCUUGUCUAGUGUUUGUCCUUGCUUGGUACAUGGCGCAGCUGUGCAGGGUUCUCUGAAUUCGCAUUAAAAUUAAUCUUUAUAAUUAUGAAUCUUUAUGUGUAUGCAAAAAGUGUACUCAACGUGUGACCUUUUGCAUGAGCCAGAAUUCAGUAGGCAAAGCAGCGAGUCCCAUUCUUCCACGGUGAACAUGGUCCAGAGUAAUCUUAGAGUAAAAUUUAUAUAGGGUCUAGUCUGUUUCUACGUCACAAACGUAUUUUGAUUACCAGUGGGGGUAAAACUCUGGCGGGCCAU